CAUUCGUUGCCUUUCAUGGCUCUGUUGGAGGGUAAGUUCGUUUGUGGCGGGACACUGAUCCAUCCAUCAUGGGUCCUGACUGCUGCCCACUGUGGAACAAUCAAGAAGGUGUUGCUGGGGGUCCACUCCAUCAAACAAAAGGAAAAAGAUUCUCGGCAGGUCCGCAAGGUUAAGCGUUGUGUUCCUCAUCCCUGCUAUGAUAACACAGAUAAGGUCAAUGACCUCAUGCUGCUCAAGCUUGACAAAUCUGUGAAGGAAACCAAGACGGUGAAAUGUCUCCCGCUGGGUAAGACGGUCAAAGAACCAGCAGCUGGCAGUAACUGUCUGGUGGCUGGAUGGGGGGCGACAAAGAACCUCGCCCGGGAAGGGUCUGACGUCCUGAUGUCUGUCAAUGUGACUGUGAUCGACAGAAUGAAGUGCAACUCUCCUGAAUACUACGGCCUAAAUCCUGUCAUCACCAGGGGCAUGAUAUGUGCUGGUUCAGAUGGGAACAAUGUAGCUGAUACCUGUCAGGGUGACUCAGGAGGACCACUGGUGUGCAACGGAGCGCUCGUCGGUGUCACUUCUUUUGGAAAGAAGUGUGGCCUCAUUAAAAAGCCUGGAGUUUACUCUUUUCUCUCCGAAAACCAACUCAACUGGAUCAAAAAGACAAUGAAAACGGCUGAAAUAUAAUAUAACCUUCCCUAUCAAAUAUUCUGUCUGUUUGACCAAGUUAACCACUUAAACCAUGUCUCUUUGUACUUAUUUCUCGCUACAUUCACUUUAUACCUUUAUAGAUUAUAGCUGCAUAUUAAGGUAUGGAUGCUUUACUGAACAGGUAAAGGGGAUUUUUGUGUUAAGUUUUAGUUGGUGUUUAUGCUGUCCUGCCCUAUGUGUAUCAAUUGGUUUGAUCAGCUAGUAUAUGAGUUUCCCUUAUGGCUUAUUGUAUUACAUCUGU